UCCACCUCCACUCUCCCAGUGUCUCAGCGCUGUUGCUUCGCCUCUCUGCUCGUACCGUCUCGUGGGGGAACGUUGCAGCCAGUCAUGAAAGCCAAACCCUCACCGGAUGGAAGCCCUGACUUCGUGAAGAACGGGGAGGCUCAGGAGAUCCCCCCUAUGAAGAACUACCUCUGUCUCACCAUGUUCACCUGUUUCUGCCCUGCGUGGCCCAUCAAUAUCGUGGCGCUGGUUUUCUCUGUGAUGGCCCAGAGGAGCUACCAUGAGGAGGACUACGAGGGCUCCAGGCGUUUGGGUCAGAAAGCUCUCCACCUGGGGAUCGUUUCGUUUGUCCUCGGCCUCGCAAUCAUCACAUCGUAUACCAUUGUGCACUUUACUACGCAUGUGGUGUGACCUCUGGAGGAAGAAGAGGAACUGGAAGCAGAGAAGAGACAGAAACUGUCAUGGAGAGAUUAACUCCAUGGGAUACAAAGGAGGCUCUGCUUGGCGUCUGUCAUCAGCAGCUCUGGUAGUUUUGGAAGAGCAGACAGUCUUAGCUUUUGUGUAAAUUAUAUUGUAAUAAAACAUUUUACAGGUUACAGGGUGAAAGAUUAUACAAAUGUCCCCCUGAAAAAUGACUUUACAGUACUAACACCAAUGAAAAAUUGGGGUUUUUAAUUUUUUUGUCAAGCCUGUACAGAUAGUUUUAAAACAUCUAAAAUACACUGCUUGGCCAAAAAAGAAGUCACCACCUGGAUUUGACUAAGCAAAUAGGUAAGAACCUUCCAUUGGAUAAUUACUGCAGUGAUGAAUAUGUUUCAGCUGCAACAACUUAUUUAACCCUAGCUGAUGCAGUGAGGAGCUUCUCAUUCUUUUUCUUUUCUUUAGGAUAUUUUUGGGUCUAUUUUUUUUUUUUUUUUUUUUUAGCUUUUUGUAGUAGACAGUGGAAAAAAGGCAGGAAACGUGGGGGGAAGAGUCAGGGAAGGACAUACAGCAAAUGGCCAUUACCUGGAAUCAAACGCUGCAGCGUUGGGGACUAUAGCCCCUAUAUAUGGGUCGCCCGCUCAACCAGUUGAGCUAUCUGGGCGCCCAAGCUUCUCAUUUCUUAAACAACCAUGUUGGAAGACAUAUCUUGCCGUCAUGGAAAGGAUGUUAAUCUGUUCCAGAAAGGUCAAAUUACUGACCUGCAUCCAGCAAAGAAAACAACUAAGGAGAUUUCUGAAACUACUAAAAUCAGGUUAAGAACCGUCCAUUAGUAAAACCUGGUAGGAUAGUGGUGAACCAUCAUCUUAGAGGAACAAAUGUAGUAAGUCAUGUGGUCUGAUGAGUCCAGAUUUACCCUGUUCCAAAGUGAUGGGUGUAUCAGGGUAAGAAGAGAGGUGGAUGAAGUGAUGCACUCAUCAUAGCUAGUUCCUACCAACCUGUGGGGGUUAGAGUUAUGAUCUGGGGUUGUUCAGGUUCAGCAACGUUAUGUUCCCAAAGAAUGAGGUCAGCUGACUACCUGAAUAUACUGAAUGACCAGGUCUUUAUAUCGAUGGAGUUUUUCUUCCCUGAUGACAUGGACAUGUUCCAAGAUGACAAUGCCAGGAUUCAUGAGGCUCACAUUGUGAUGAGUGGUUCAGGGAGCAUGAGACGUCAUUUUCACACAUGGAUUGACCUCCACAAAGUCCAGACCUCAGCCCCACUGAAAAUCUUUGGGAUGUUCUGGAGAAACCUUUGUGUAGCAGUCUGACUCUCCCAUCAUCAAUAUAAGAUCUUGGUAGAAAAUUAGUGCAUCUCUGGAC